AUGCUUGAAACGUCAUCAGUAAAUUAUAUUAAAGUCGAAGUAAUAAUGCCUAUUAACAAGAAACACAAAGCGGUAAUUGCACCAAUAACUGCUUCAGCGAAGAGAAAAAGGUUGCAACGUAAAAAUGAAACUAUUGAACAGCGAAAUGAACGUCUCGAGAAAUCAAGAUUAUGUUGUGAAAAGAUAAGAGCCACGGAAACUAUAUCUCAAAGGAAGUUACGGCUGGAAAGAGAUAGAAUCAUACGAGCAAAACGUAUAGCUUCUAAAAAAAGUAUUCAAAAAAGAUUGCUAAGGGAUAAAGUGUUUCGUGAGAUCCAAAUACGCCAACAAAGUGAAAAUAUUAAGGAAGAGAGCAAAGACAAAGACUCG